UCCCGCCUGCCCGCCCGGACAGUCCUGGAGCCAAGCCAAGGGGGGCAACUCAGCCAGCACCCGUCCCUUCGGAUCCCACCGCCCCUUUCUCCUCCUCCUCCUCCUCCUCCUCCAUCCCAGACUUUGGCAUUUCCUCUGAGCUCAUCCACUAAAGUGACGCGCCGCGUUCCCCACUCGGAAGAGGAAGCGGAAAAAAAAGUUUUUUUGCAGAACUUGACUUGGCCUUUGCAAGCGACGCCGCCGCCGCUCCGCCGAGAAAGCAAAGCGGCGUCCGGCUCCAGGACGUGUGGGAGGGGGGGGGGGACAAGGACCCGGCUUGACCCACGACCGUGAGUGGCCCGCCCGUCUUUUCCUCCGAGCGAUUCCAAGUCCCAAGGAGAAGCCUCCCUUUGGGCGCCCGCGGGCGCCAGGCCAAGCAAAGUAGCGGUCGCAGAGAGCCGGGGAUUCGCUUGUCUCCCGGGGCCGAGGAAGACGGGGAUGCCCUAGUCCCGUCGAAGGCUGCCGGAGCCCCCCAAAAGCCGCGGCGAUGGGUUGAACCGCUGCCAGCCCGGAGCGAAGCAACGACACCGAUGUUUUUCCAGCAGCAGGAGCAGCAGCGCUGAGCUCGACGGGCGAUGCAUUGACGGCGCGGCCGCUUGCAAACCGAAGGAUCUCGCCUUUCUAGUGCCCAUCCAUGGCCGUCUACAGCCUCAACGCGCGGGUCUUCUGGCCGCUCCUGACUUGCGCUUGCACCCUCCUGCUCUGCCUGCUGCAAGCCGGCCCGACGGGCGGGGAAGCGGGCUGGUGGCCGGGGCCGAGCCGGUUGCCGGGACCUCUGCCGCUCCUGUUCCUGCUGCUCCUGCUGGCCGCGCUGGGCUUAGGCUGGCGGGCUUGGCGGAGGGCUUGGCGGCGGCAGCAGCAGCGGCCGUCCAAACGCGUGGGGAUCGGCAGCCUCGGCGCUUCCAGCGGACGGGACCCUUCCCGGCGCCGCGCCUGGCUGGACGGCUUCUACGAGACCCGGUUGCGGCUCUCGCCCCACGUGCUGGGUCACAGCAAAGCCCACGUCAGCCUGGUGGUGGGCGAGCUGGUGCGGGCUGGCAAAGCGGCCGGCCGGCUGGCCCUGCGCGGGGAUUUCGUCCAAGUGGGCAGCGCUUACGAGCAACACAAGGUGGGCAGCCCGCCCGAUGCUUUCGACGUGCUGGUGCCGCUGCGGUUGCCGCCCCGGCUGGAGUUGCGCGCCCUGCCUUGCGCUCCGGAGCAUCAGCAUCAGCAGCCCAGGCAAAGGGGCGCUUUCCUCUGCGCCUUGCGUGUAACCGAGGGCGCGCAAGGCUCCCCCAGCCGGGCUCUGUGCGUGGCUGCAAGCCCGGGCGAGGAAGACGGGGAGUCCCUUCUGCUGUCGGCGGCGCUGGUGGCCCGUUGGUUCCAGGCGCAAAUGCAGCGCUGCCUCGGCGCCGUGCGGGCCCGCUUACAAGAGCGCUGCCGGGUGCAGCUAGCCGUCAACGGUGCGCCCUGCCCGCUGGCUUUGCAGAUCGCGCCUCGCUCCGAUUACGUCUGCUGCCACCUCUCCCUGACCGUCCACCUCACCCCGGCCAUCCCGCUGGGCGAGGGGCUCUACCUCACCCCCUGGCUCUGCUGUCCCCCACCUUCUGCGGGCCCCCAGCUGGGCACCUUCUGGACCCUCAACCUCUCCAAAGCGGAGCAGCGCUUGCUGGCCUGGCUUCGGGACCAAGUCCCCGCGGACUCCUGCCACCUGAAAUGCUUGCAGAUCCUCAAAGGGUUGAGGGAGCUGGGGGGCCGCGCCCUGGAGCCCCCCUGGGCUGCCCAGUGGGACCGAGUCCUCUCCUCCUACGUCCUCAAGAUGGCAGUUUUCUGGGUGCUCCUACGUAGCCCGUGGCAGGCUUGGGAGGACCGGUUCUUGGUGGCCCGGCUGGAGGAUGUGGUCCUGUUCCUGGUGCAGGCUCUGCAGCGAGGGAGGCUGGCCCACCUGUUCCUGGGGAACUCUCACCUGCCCGAAAUCCUGAGCUUGCCCAAAUUUGUCAAGGAAGCCUCUCCAGUGAAUCUGCUGGCUGGUUUUGAACAGUCCACUUUGGAGAGGGUGGCCUCACAGCUGCUGAGUGUUUGGAAGCAGGCGCCUAGGAUCAUCCGGGUGUACAGCGGCCUCAGGUGCCGAAAGUAGCAUCUCACCUGAGCCGCCUCCUUUACCUCCUCGCCAGGCCUGGACUUUGCAUCCAAAAAAUGAAGCGCCAGGAUCCGAGGGUCGAAGCACGAAAAGAUGGACUGCGGCCCUGAUCUGUGGCUGCUUAUUAUGGGCCUGGAGUAGAAGAGAGGAAAAACACAGCCUCAUUAAGUUUACAGCAGUGAUGGCUAAGCUUUCUGCCGUCGCAUGCCAAAAGUGGAGGUCGCGUGGGGGGGAGUCACGUGUGUGUGUGCCCACACCCAUAAUUCAAUGCGCCCCACCUUCCUGCGCAUGCAUACGUGACGCUUCCCAGACUCCCCCCCCCACACUUUUGGCACGUGAUGGCACAGUAGGCCCAUUUUUUGCACUCCCCAGGAAGAGGCUAGAGGUUUUCUAGGAGCCUGGGGAGGGCGAAAACAGCCUUUCCCAUCCCACCAGAGGCCCUCUAGAGGCCAGAAACGGCCCGUUUCCCGACUUCAGGUGGGCCCGGAAGGCCCAAAAUUCAGGUGGCUGGCAAGGUGCAUGAGCGUUGGAGCUGAGCUAGGGCAACACUCGCGUGCCCACAGAUAUGGCUCCUCGUGCCACAGGUUCACCAUCACGGGUUUACAUGGUGUCCUCAACUUAAAACCAUUCGGUUAGCGACUGUUUCAAGUUACAACAGUCCUGAAAAAAGGGACUUAGGGACCGUUUCGUCACAUUUACGUUUGCAGCAACCCUCUGGUCACGUGAUCAAAAUUUGGAUGCUUGGCCAUUGGCUCGUAUUUAUGAAGGUCCCCAGGGUCAUUUUUGCAACCUUCUGACGAGCAAAGUCCAUGAGGAAUUCAGAUUCACUUAACAACCCUGUGACUAAUUUAAGAACUUACAGUGAUUCACUUAACAGCGGUGGCAAGGAAGGUCGUAACUGUCUUGCUCAGCAACAUUAGUUUGAGGCGCAAUUGUUGACUUCCUUACAACCGUAAUUGAGAGCGGAAUUAUGUUGAAGAACUACCUGUGCUCUUUUUGAGAGCAGUCAUCUAACACAUGGGGGCGGGUGUCUCCCAAAUGCGGCUCAGGAUGAUGGGAGCUCAGGAGUGGGCCUGAUUGACAGAGGCUCCUAAGGCAGGGGGGGUCUCCAACCUUGGCAACGUUAAAGAUUUCUGGACUUCAGCUCCCAGAAUUCCCCACAAGGGAAUUCUGUCAGCCACAUAGGAAGCCACAUUCCCCAAAGGGAAUUCUGGGAGUUGAAGUCCACAAGUCUUAAAAAGUUGCCAAGGUAGGAGAUUCCUGGCCAAAGGGACUGAAACCAAUAUAUACUCGGAGACCAAAAUUAAUAGCACUUUAUUUUCAUGAAAAGUUCCUUUGUUUGUUGUUUUUUUUGACGUUGCCUAGGCUGUGUGACAUUUUCUGAAGCAUUUGGACGCUCAUUAAACUAAUUAUAAACGGAGACAUCCAGCUCUCUAAUAGGCUGCCUCAUGUGCGAUAUUGUCAAUUGGAAAGCACUAAUUAUAUCCUUAUAAUAAAAGCUGACCUCCAGCCCAUCCUUGAGAAGGUUUGGAAUGAAAAGGAUCAUUCAGACCUCCGCUAUUUGUUAUUCCGGUGAAUCCCUUGGCAUCUGGCCACAUCGACACCUUUCUCAGAUUAAAAAACAAACAAACCUUGGGAAACGGGGAGUCUUAUAGCCUUCCUCUCCGGAGUGGCGAAUGGAAGAUGCAAGGAUGUGAAAUCGUUCGGUAGGUCAAAAAUGUUCUCUGGCGGUGCAAAAGUUCCAUUUAGUUCCGUUUGCGUGCCAAGAACCAGAUCUGAAAAGGCUAUUAUACAAUGCCUUGUAGAGCAGUCUGUAGAUUGCAGAUCGAGACAUCCAAAAAAUGCAUAUAUUUUUCAAAACAAACUAUAUGUAAUGCCGCCGUUUAGUUGCCAGAUGUUGAAAAUCAUCCUCUCUCUCUCUCUCUCUCUCUUUCUUUCUCUUUUUCUUUCUCUUUCUCUCUCUCUGUUUCUCUCUCUCUUUCCCUCUCUCUCUUUCUCUCCCUUUCCCUCUUUCUCUCUGUUUCUCUCUCUCUUUCCCUCUCUCUCCCUCUCUCUGUUUCUCCCUACCUCUCCCUACCUCCCUCUCUC